AUGAGCUCCCAUGGAGACCUCCAAUACUACAAACGCCCGGAUCAAAUAGAUGACAAGAUGGCAAAACGAAUUCGGGAUCUCGAGCAGCUAAAGAUACUGCUGCAGAACAACAGCAGGACAAGAAUGAUCAAGGUCGUCAAGAUAGUACUGAGGUGA